GGUUCGCAAGAAGGAACGGAAGGACUUGAAUGCUUUGUGACAUCCCUGUGUCACCAUACAGAUACGUGUGCAGUCUGCGGUCUUGCCCUUGCAAAAUGAAUCCACCUCAAGCCAACGCAAGCUCCAGGAAAAACUCUGAGCCUCUUUCCAUGAAUGAUUUUUGGCUAGAGGUGGAGAACAUCAAGCAGAUGCAAGGAUCUGAUGGAGAGGAGAGCAGCUCUUCCGAACCCAGCACCCCAGAAGAGGGAGAGGCAGAAGCUGACUGGCUGCAGGACACCGGUCUCUCUCCUCUCAUCGGUGGCCCCAGUCCCACAGAAGGCAACGUGCUAAUUUUAUCGACUCUCACCCGAACGCAGACUGCGGCUGUACAGCGACGUGUGGACAGUUACAGUCGCUCUCUUCGGAAACGUUGCAAGCAGCCAGCACGAGAUGUCCGGGAAGUGUUCUCUGCGGUAAGCACUACCAACUCUUGCUGGGGCAGCACCAAUCUGGGAAAUAUUUUGAGGGGACUUCAUCAAAACUGUAGCAGUCAAAAACUGGAGCCGAUUGCAUCUAAUGUUUUUGAUACAGAAGUGGCAUAUUCAGAACAAGCAGCAGACGGACAAAAUGAGGAUUGCAAAACACAAUGUAAACCAGAAAAACUACCUCGUUUUCAUAUUCAAAAGGGACGACUUGGCAUGACAAGGGUUUCAGACCUGUCUUCACCUGACAUGAAGCAGGUGCCCACGCUGGCACUUAUAGAGCUGACCGCUCUAUGUGAUGUCCUAGAAAUAGACCUGAAAAGGAACAAAGCCAUCAAGCGUAAAGCUUCUGAAAGCAAACUCUUUGGGGUACCGCUUACCAGUUUGCUGGAACAUGAUCGCAGAGUGAUUUCCAAUACGCAGGUCCCACUUAUCCUUCAGGCGAUUCUCACGUGUUUGGAAAAGAAGGGAAUAGAUGUUCAGGGUAUUUUAAGGAUAUCUGGCUCACAGGCUCGGAUUAAGUCCUUACAGCAGCGCCUGGAGAGGAAUUUCUACGCCGGCCUCUUUUCUUGGGAUGAAGUUAAUCCACAUGAUGUCGCAGGGCUCCUGAAGCUGUUCCUCCGAGAGCUCCCUGCCCCCCUUCUCACUGCAGAGUAUCUGCCGGCGUUCACUGCUGUACAGAAAAUUUCAAACCUCAAACAAAGGCUCCAAGCGCUCAACCUGCUUAUACUGAUCCUUCCAGAGGCAAACCGUUGCACCUUAAAGGCCUUGCUGGAGUUUCUCAGCAAAGUGGCAACUCUGGAGAAGAGCAAUCUCAUGUCCUUGUGGAACAUUGCCACCAUAAUGGCACCUAAUCUCUUCUUGUAUCGAGGGAGCAAUUGCAAAGGGCCAGAAGGUGGUGAGAAGCAAUUAGCAGAGGGAGUGGCUGGUUUGGUCAUGGCUAUGGUGCAUUAUCAGGAUCUUCUAUGGACGGUCCCAACCUUCUUGCUGUCCCAGGUCCGUAAACUGAAUGAAAACAGCAGUAAGAGGUUCAAUGAUAGCCGGCUGCUCAACUUCCUUCGAAAAAUCCACACCGACAAGGAAAAGCAUGAGAAAAGUCAGACAGAGCCAUGUAAGCAAGUGAAGAUUCAAGCUUCAGUAUUUGUAAAAGACUCACUGGCCGUUCAGCUGGAUGAAGGCACGCGUGCCGCGGAUGUCUUGAAGAAGUUUCAGGAGCACUUUGCCCAGCGUAGCUGGCAGAUGAUCCGAACUGUCAGCUUGAUUAAAUGUAAUGGUUCCUUUGAGUUUCCAAAUGUGGAGCUGUAUGAAGUAGGAGGGAACAUCUGUGAACACUGCUUGGAUCACGACACCUACAUGCUGGACUUAUACAAUGCUAACCCCAAUGGGGAAUGGGUGAUCAAACCCAGCCCUCCUUCUACGCCUAUUCUAUAGGACAGGACUACUGAACGGCGUUGUAUGUACAGAAUACUGGAUACGUUCCAGCUCAGCAUGUCCAGGAACAAGCCUGGAGUGCAAUGUAAAGGGAUUCAGCCAAGAUAUUUGAACACGGACUGGACA